GAUGGCUGCCGACGCCUCGGAGCUGGAGCUGCCCUUCGUCCUGGACGAGCAGCUCACCAAGUGCAUGCGGCUGCGGGUGCAGAGCCUGCAGCAGAGGAACGAGCGGCCGCAGGACGGCGAGAAGCUGCUGCGGCUCCACGAGUACGUCUACCGGGUGGACUUCGUCCGCCAGCGCAACCUGCGCUUCCUCCGCUGGAGGGUCCGGCUGGGGAAACCCGGCAAGGUCACGGUGGCGGGCAUCUCCCAGCACUGGACCCCCGACCUCACCAACCUCAUGACCCGGCAGCUGCUGGAGCCGGCUGGCAUCUUCUGGAAGAAGCCGGGGGGCAAGGAGGUGGAGUACAACGAGGCAGAUGCCCAGGAGUUCGGGGAAAGGCUGAACGAGCUGGCCAAGAUCCGCAAGGUGAUGUACUUCCUGCUGGCCUUCGCCGAUGGCCUCGAACCCGCCCACCUCAAAUGCUCCAUCGUGUUCAAAGGCUGA